AUGACCUCGAUGCAGGUUCAUUCGGGCACUUUUGGCCAUUCCGGCGGGAAAAUCUCCAAGUCGCGAAGUCGCACUGUUGUCAAGCCCAUCCUCAAGAAGCUGCAUUCUCACCACUCAGAUCGGGAGUCGUCGCUCGACCUCGACCGCGGCUGGGACGACCAACCAUCACCUGGCCUUGCCGCUGGCUCCGAUUUUGGCACAUACGACAGCGAUGGAUCUUACCAUUACUCAACACCAACUGGCAAUGGUGCUCGGCCUACCCGCGAUGUGAGCUUCUCAUUCUCAGCAACCGACAUCUCCGGCUCAGGUCUGAAUGGUGGUGGUGCUGUUGGUGGUGGAUCGCGCUCAAAAUAUUCUCAUGUCCGAUCAACAAGCGGCAACUCACACACGUCCUCCAUCGCAACUACCACCAGUGGCCGCAACGGUGGCUCAUUCAUUCACCCCUUCCAGCAGACGCCUCACACCUCAACUCCCCCCCUGUCCUACGCCAACUCGAGAGCCUCGUUUGACAACGGCAUGCCCACUGGUUACUCUCCCACCAUCACCGAGGACGACGACGACGUCGAUCCAUACUCGUCCUUUCACUCUACAUCAACCACUCCUCGCCCGACGCUGUACCAAUCCGCAUUCUACCAACAUCCCAACCAUCGCCGGCCAUCCAUGGCCAGUCAACGCACCAGUUCACUUUCGGAUGGAAACCAGACAACACGGAUACCUGCUACUCGAACAAAUUCAGGCUCGAUCCACCCGCUGGCGUCUUUGUCUCUGAAUCAGAGCAGGUCGGAGCUGAACAACAGCAGCGCUUUGUCUUCCUUGGCCAUCGACUCACCACUCUCAUCAACCGCCCCCUUGGGCACGGCAGGGACGACUUUGUCUUCCAUACACACCUCCAAUGUAUCUGUAGCUCCCUCCUCCACCGCACCACUGUCGCCACUGCGCAGCUCGUUGGACAUGGGUGCUUUUCGCCUUCGCUCCCGCAGCGAAGUAGACACAUCCACGCACCAGGAACAGGUUCGAGAGGCUCGUCGCAAGUUCGAGGCCAAGGAGCGCGCCAAGGAAGAAAAGUAUGCCAAGGAACAACUUCGUAAGCGAGAACGCGCCGAGAACAAGGAAGCCCACAAGCUGGAAAAAUCGCACAAUCGUCUACGCAAGGGCAGUGCAGGUCACGGCAGCGUAUCGAGCAGCACCAUGUCCAGCGGAACCGACAUCCGCAUCUCUUCAUCGCGAAAGCACGGAGCCAUGACCGAGGACAACCGGGAAAAGGUCGAGUUUUCGUCUCACGGCUACGACAGCACUCACGGUGAACAGACAGCUCCAUCUAGGGCCGACGAUGUGCACUUCAAGUCGCCAAAGAGAACAAAGACGGCCAAGCACAAGACCAUGGGCGUCUGGACCGCCUUCAUGUUGUGGCUUCGGACUCGUCUGCUCAAGAUGGGCAGACGCUAG